CCGGUUCGGUGUAAUAAAAAACCUAAACCAUGUGUUCUCUUAAAAGUGAAAUAAAGAAAAACUUUUUAACUUGUUAAAUUUAAAUACAUAAUUUCCAAGUCAAAAUUAUUAAAAAUAAAACAGAACUAUCUUCAAUAAGAAUGCUUUUAGAGCAUGUUAAUUUAUAGCGUUGUAUUACUUUCAAAUCAUUCUGUUUUUUAAAAGCUUGAAAAAUUCUGAGGACGUGAAAUAUUUUAUAAUUGUAUAAUGGAUUCUGAGUUAUUAAGCGUUUUUCGUGAUGAUCAGUUUGACUGUAGUGGAAGUAAAUUUGAUGAAAAUUACUGGAACAUAAUUAACUGCGAAAAUUUCGAGACUCAACUUUCGAACAAUUUAAAUGGGAUUUUGCCUAUAUCUCCGGUAGACGAAAAAAUUACAUGCUUUGACGGUGAUUUACAGGAUUAUAAUUAUUCCAAUAGUAUCGCGGAAGUAAAUGACACAAAUAUCAAAAAUCAAAAAAGCCAGAAUUUCAGUUUCUCAGAAAUUGAUUCAAAUAUUGAAAUUAUUGCGGUUGAUCCGAAUGCAGAUUUUGAUGAUGCAGAAUUUGAUAGUAGUGAAUAUGAAAAAGAUGAGCAAGAAAAUAACAAUUACCGUGAAAUUGAUACUGAUAAUGAAAAUAAAAGUCAAAUAUCAUUUAGAAGUAGAACUGAAAGUUCUUCAAUAGGAGAUUAUGAGAGUCACACAAGUGACGAAAGCGAAGUUGAACAUUCAAACAAGUAUGAUUUUAAUUUAAUUCAUCAGCCUAUAUAUGUUGAGAACGAAAAUAAAAAAAGUGUGCAAAAUGUAGGAAAUGAUUCAAGUUGUAGGAAUGAUACAGCAAUAAGUCAUAUUGACUUUGUUGGAAGCAGUAUUAUGGUAGCCACAAAUAAUUCAAAUCAAUCUAUAGAAAUAGAUACAGAAACUUUUGAUCUAGCUACUUUUAUUACAGAAGACAAUUUUAUUCAAACAAAACUUUCAGAAAAUUCUUCAUUCUCGAAUGAUAAAUCUUUAUGUUGUAGCUAUGGUUAUGAAUCCGAAGAAAUGAUUGAUAUAGAAACGAUUGACGAUCGAACUAAGGAAACUGCAACUUCAAAAAAUAAAACAUCAUUAACAAAAAAUGACUCGGAUAAACAUAAAAGAACCUCACAUAUAAAUCUUAUAUUUGAAGAGGAUGAUAUUAAAGGUGAUCCUUCAUGGGAUCCAAGUUAUGAAAAAAAAAAUAAAAAUUGUACAGAAAAACCGAAUGAAAAGGCAAAUAAUAAAAAUAAAGAGAACAAUAUUAAUAAAAAUCUAAUGAAAGAUAUUAAAACAACUAAUAAUUUGUUUAGAAAAAAAAACAUUAAAAUACUAAAAAGUGAUGCAAAAAACACAGCAAAAUUUAAGCAGCAUUCUCAUGAUUUGGUUCGCAAAUGCGGAGAAAUCAAUGAUUUACCAAUUACGCCAAACCCUUCAGAACUACUUGAAUGUUCAGAAAAACAUGAAAAAAAUUCACUUGACAUUGAAAGUCAGAAAGAUGGAGAAACUGAUGGAAAGCUGCUUUUAAAUGCAAAACUAGGAGCUCCAGCAAAAAAGAAACUGAACUUGGAAGAAUAUUAUAGAAUGCGACAAAGUGAUCAAAAAGACAUAUUCAAAAAAGUAUCUAUGACAAAUUCAGCUACUCUAUUUAAAAGUAAAACUGCACCAGCACCUAAUAUUAAGGAGCCUCCAAAAGAAAAAGAACAUUUUUCUUUUAGAAAUUUAUCAAACUCAAACUCAUUGCUUAUUCCUAAGGAAAUAUUUAAAAAAAAUUCUACAAAUUUAGAUCCUAUAACUGAGGCUAAAAACAAAGUGCUGAGAAUGCAGGAAAUGAAAAGACGUGCAGCACAAAAGCGUUUGAUUGAUAUAACUGUUUCUUCUAAAGUGGGGCCGGUAACAAAAAUAUUGCCACUUGAAGAAAUAAUUAAACCGAAUUUUAAAAAAAUUAAUAAAGAAAAACUUACACCCGGUAAUUCUAAAGUUCAAAUUGAAUAUGAGGAAAUUAUAAUCGUUUCAGUGAGUUGUAAUACAGAUAUUAAAAUCCCGCCGAAAUUUGAUAAAAUUUCUGUCCAUAAUAAUACUUCAAAUUCAUUACUGUAUAAUAUUAGCAAUACAAUAGAAAAGGUGAGGCAUAAGGAAAAUUUAAAAAUUUCAAAUAAUUCCUUAAUAACAAGCAUAAAAAACGUAGUUUUGCAAAAAACUGUAGAGGAUAAUGAAAAAAAUGGGAUUAAAAUAAUAAAUUAUGGGAGCCAAUUAGAAACGCAAAACAAAAAUAAUUUAGAUCAAGAUAAAAACCCUACAGAAGAACAUGGCGAAGAUAAGAUAAUUAUGCAUUUACCGAAAAAUCGUAUAAGAAACAAAAUGGAAAAUGUGGCCACCCAAACGGAACUUUUACCUGAAUUUCCAUCAUUAGAAUUAAUGAUUCCAAAAACUGUAAAGACACAAAAUAGGAAUCGAAAAAAGAAAUGUAAAACUAAAUACUCAUCGCUCUCAUCAAAUUCUGACAGAGAAACUGAUGCCGAGUAUACCAACAUUCGUUCAAAUAAUUACAGGUCACAUAGCAGAUCCACAAGUGGUGGGUUAAGUCAAAUGUCUCCCACUGAUUAUAACUAUAACUAUAGUUGCCCAGAUUCGAAAUUUAAGUCUGAUUUAUAUGAUUUGAAUAGGAAUCAUAAUCGUUCCAGACGCAAAAUCCGAGCAAAAAUUUACAGAACUAGAAAUUACAGUGCCAGCGAUCAGUCGACAAGUAGCAGUUAUAGAAGUAGAUCAAGCAGCUACAGUGAUAGAUCAGAAUCGAGAAGUAACAGGAGCAAUAUGAGAAAGGGGCGUAGAUCAAAAUCAAACCAUAAAAAUUACAGGAAAACUAAAAAUAAAGGUUGCCACACAGAAAAUUCUCCAGCUGUUGAAGAGCGUAGAAUUGUAUAUGUCGGGCGAAUUGAAACUGAAACAACUAAGGAGGAUCUUAAAAAGAAAUUCAUAGGAUAUGGUCCAAUAAAACAAAUAACUUUACACUACAAAGAUACAGGAAUGAAAUAUGGCUUUGUCACAUUUGAAAAAGCUGAAGACGCUUUCAAAGCCAUAGAUAAUGGUACUUCGGAUGUUAAAAUAAACAUGUAUGACAUAAGUUUCGGUGGCAGACGAGCAUUUUGUCGACAAUCUUAUGCGGAUUUAGAUGGUGCGGCAACCAACACGUUUCAGUUGUAUUCAUAUGGCUCAAUACCGAGUAGCCGGAAUAGUUUGUUGUCAAAUAAUGAUGAAGACGAUUCGUUUGAGUCAUUAUUAAAAAAAGUUCAACAAAAAUUGUGCUCCUCAAAAUCAUCCUCCCAAAAUAUUUGACAUACAUAUUUUAUAACAAAAAAGUCAUGUGUUAUCCUGAAAAUUUUAGAAAAAAUUUGAAUUCUACCCUAUCUUAUUGUCUUUUAACAAUACUUUCUAUAGAGGAAAUUUGUAGGAUAUUUAUUUAACAUCAAAAACAUAUUUUAAAAUAUAACAGUAACUAAGUACAUAUAUAAUUGAUAAAUCGAAAAAUACUGAUAUGAAAAAUUUUUGAUUGUUGAUAUUUUUUUACGCUUGUAGAUUUAGAGAAAAACAAAAAAUAAUUUAGCCAUAUACGGACUUGUAAGGCUACCGAUACAUACUAGUUAUUAAGCUAAUAUGAAACCAUAAUAUGAAAAAAAAAUUUGUAAAUACUAUUUUUUAAUUAUUUUAAAUAUUAUUUUCUGUAAAUUAUAUAAUUAAUCAUAAUUUUUAUACAUGGCGAUUAAAAUUAUGGAAAUUUAAAAUUAGCGUACAUAUGUAUUAAGAUUGGAGUUGAAUAAAUUAUGUAUGAAUACGUAAAUAAAAAUUUUCAAACUUCUUUAAGAAUAUGUAAUUUAAAUUAACAUACUUUUGAAUUAAAAUACAAAAUUUUAAAUGGAUGUAUAAAUAUGUAAUUUAAAAUUAUAUUCUAGAAU